AUGGCUCAGGUGAUUCUUUACGAUAAUCCUAGUCGUUUUGGGACCGGGACAUGUUGGUCGCCCAAUGUAUGGAAGACACGACUCCUUCUUAAUUUCAAGGAAAUAGACUACAAGACUGAAUGGCUGCAUGGGCCAGACAUCGCGCCAACUCUCCGAUCGUUUGGAAUUGCGGCUCAUAUUCCAGGAACUCAGUUGGCCGAUUAUACCAUACCCGCGGUUCGCCUCCCAGAUGGCUCUUAUGUCAUGGAAUCAUUGAGCAUAGCACAGAAGCUAGAAGCUCUCAAGCCAGAGCCCAGCGCCCAGGUUAAUCACCCAGUGGCAAAGGAAGUUGCGCAGAGCCGUCAGCGUCUAAUUAUAUGCCUUGUUCCUGUGCUUGAUCCUAGAAUGCCACGGGAAUGCUUAUCGGGUCCUACUAUUGCAUUUCAUCGACAAACACGAAAAAAAUUCUACGGUAUGACCCUCGAAGAGCUAGAGGAUAGUUUUGGAGGGCGAGAAGCGUGGGUCAAAGCCCAACCAUUGCUCGAUGAGCUUGCUGGGAUUUUGAAGAGGCAGGAUGGGCCUUUUUGUCUGGGGGGAGAGACGCCGAGUUAUGCAGAUUUCAUUAUCGUGGCUUUUUUGGAAUGGUGUCGGUGUCUCCAAGGUGGCGCUUUUGAACGAAUUGUUGGCAAUGAGAAAGCAUAUCAUGAUCUCUACAUGGCUUGCCGUCCUUGGCUGCAACGAAAUGAUCACUGA